AUGGCGGAGUCUUUGAUUCAUUUCACUUUGAGAUGUGUCAUCUACUUGAUAACAGUUAUUAUCUUUGGUAUCACAACAAUUACCAUCAAUCAGAGUAUCAUUGCUGUCAUUUAUUUUAUCCUUUUCAGCACAUAUUGCAUCACUUUCCAAACAUCGAUGAAUUUUUUUCUACAUCGUAGUACUUUUUUCUGGUACAUAUUGAUCAUAUUAACAUUAACUCAUUUGGUUCUCUUAAUCGAUCGAUACAUUAUAAAAUAUGAAGCUAAUAGUGGCGAUAUCCUGCUUGGUCCAUUGGCUACAGAGUAUCGAGUGUUGUCAAAUAUUGUGGGACACUUUAUGACUGUAUCCAUUUCAUUUGUGCUAGCCACUCUGUGCGUUCUCAUAGAUCUCAUUUCGUUGAAUUACAAAGUAAAACUGCCGUCAUCUUGUUCUACGUUGAUGCGAGAUUUUGGACGAAUAUUGUUGAUUACUUGUAUAAGGUUGAGCGAUAUUUCUUGUGCACUUCUACUUGCAUUUUGCGCCAUUCAUAGAGUAUCACCCGCUGCUUUACCUGUGCUCUUUGUUGCAGUAUUAUUAUUCAUUCCACUACCAGCAAAUAUCAAAAGGAUUGCUUGUUUCUUUAUCACUUAUUAUGUAUUAGCUGUUACAAUCUUCAAGCUAAUAUUUGAUGCAUAUGAAGGAUUCAUUGAUUAUCCAGAUUUCUGCGACACUCCUCAUUUAAUAAAAUGGUUGUAUUGGAUCGGAUUGAUUUCGGAUAAUACCAAACCGGCUUUGGCUCCGGUGGUUUGUAUAUGUACUCUUACUGCACGGUCUUCUCUUCGACAUAUCAAAAAAAUGUAUGCAGUACGUUACAAAAAUGCACUACCAAUUUUGCCAUUUCCAGACGUAGACUGCACUAAUGCCGACAAAGGAACUAUUUAUUUCAUCAAAUUUUAUGCAAAUUUUAUCGUGUAUAAAUUUGGUUAUGAGAUGUAUAUGAUUUUCGUCCUUCUCUCAGCAGUAGUAGCUUCAAAUAUCAUCUCUUUGCUGUCGGUAAUAAGCUUGGUAAUCUGCUUGUUAAUGGAUCGAUGGCGUGUUCGACGUAUAUUCUUGAUUUUUGUCUGCUAUCAUUUAUUUGUUCUCUUUUACUCUUUGCUCGCAUAUAUCGGUCCUGUACCUGGAAAAUGUUAUUACGAAAUACCUAUACAUCCAUAUUUUGCUCCCUAUUUUGCUUUCAUUAAUAAUGGACAGUAUCCAAUUAGUUCGCAACGGAAAUCAUCAUAUGCGAUUUACUGUUACUUUCUCAACGUUGGUGUCUCCAUCAUGCAAUAUUAUAAUUUCAAAAUCGAGCGUGUGGAAGGAGAUGGCGCUAGUGGCGGAUCAAAUGAUGGCAUUCUGCUAGCGCUUCAUCGAAAUGAGUCUCUUGAAUGUAAUCCUGCGCCUUAUUUCUUCUCUGCUCACGUCAAAGUAUUGGAUGAAUUGAAGCAAUGUGUAUGCUCGUAUUAUCACUGGGUUGUAUUGUUGCUCGUGCUAUCAGAUGGAAUACGCCUUUCAUCGCCAGUCUUUUUAUCAGCGGUUCUUAUUAUCCUUGCAUUUAUCAAUCUUUGGCGUGGUGCUGAUCUUUACCUCUCACAUCCAUCUGUUUUUAUCCGAAAAUGGCGUCUGAUAACAAUUUAUCUUCUUGCUGCAGUUUUCCUACGUAUUGCAGCGCUGGUCGGUGAUGGAUUAAUAGGACAUUUUUUAAUAUAUGACAAAACGAACCAUUCAAUCAGCUAUGCGUCAUUUCAUGUGAUGUUAUCUUAUUUUUCAAAUUCUUCCGAAGACAAUACCACACCAUAUGGAGAAUUAAGCAUAAAUAGUUUUCUCUUCGAUGUGCUGACCUUCGCAGCGCUUCUAUUCCAACUUCGUCUGAUCAGUAGUUGGCACUUUCAACGAACCGUCAUUGAUACACGAGCCGAUCGAAUUGUAUGUUACAGAGGUGUUGUCCUUCAAACUCAGUUAAUUUACAAAGCAAUGACCUACCAUCAACAACGAGAUUAUCGUCGCUUGGCGAAAAUCAAACGUACUGUGGGAGCAAUGACGAAUCUCAAUCUACCUUUUGGAGAGUGGUUUAUUGAGUCAAUACGUGGAUGGAACGAGAAUUUAUUGCAUACGGUGGAUUCAGCAACAGAAAAUGUAGAGGAAACAACGUUUAGUAGUUAUUCGUCUACGUCAGAAAUAAAAACUGGUCAAGAUGAUAGGAUGAAAGGGAUUAAGAAAACACAGACUCAAUACAUUACAAUUUCCGCUUUGCUCUCUACAUGUGCGCUUUGGAUGGCCCGUAAAACACUUAGUUAUCGCUACAUUCGCUUUGUUAUCAAUGAAGAAAAAAGGUUGCUGUUAGAGAAGCUACCAAAGGAGUUAACUUUGGCUUCACAAAAUUCCUUGGGUAAACUUGAAAAAUGCAAUCUUGGAAAUGAGAUUUGUUUGGUUACUAGUUCCAGAGACAUUGUUAAGUACAUGAAUGAAGUGCAUCAUCGCUGGUUGAAGUUACCAUUACUGUGGCGCUUAAUGGAUGCAAUUGGAACAUUUUGGAUUUGUAAUACGGCCUUGCUGUGUUAUCUGGUAAUAAUUGUUGGCCAUGGUCAAUCUGCCUGCUUACUUACAUUUCCUCUGACAAUGUUAGUCUUCUUCUGGGGAGCUAUCACCGAACGGAAGCGUCGUCUGCUUUGGACUAUUGCUAUUUUUUAUGUACAGAUAAUGAUACUAGUAUCGGUUUGCUUCAAAUAUACCUCCCUACCAUGGAUGUGCAAAGAAUGGAUGAAAUGUGGUAGAUGGAGUAUGGCGAUGAUAGGACGAUUCGUAGGUAUCGCUGAUGAACCGAUAUCUGUGGUCAUAUUUUGCCUUCUUGUUCUCGUACUCUUCACCCAUCGUCAUAAUAUGAGACGAAAUGGUUUUUGGUACGCAUCGAGUAGACAAUUACUGAGAAAUGAAGAUCAUAAAAAAUGUUGUUUAUGGUCAGCAUUAUUGGAUAUCUUACGAUUACGGCAGCGUUCUCCUUCAAACUACUAUCCGUGGAUGAUUUUAUCUGAUUUACUUGCCCUUAUCACCAUGAUUAUUAAUUUUUCCAAUUUCGAUUUGGCACGCCGAGAUGCUUUUACAUUACUGGAGAGCAAAAGUAGCUUGUUGCCGGAUACAUUUGUUUACUAUUUUAUGACAAGUCUUGGCAUGAUUAUACUGGAUCGGAUAAUUUACCUCAAACGAGCGAUACGUGUGAAAUUUGUAUAUUUAGUGGUUGAAGUAAUCGGAAUUCACAUUUACAUCCUCAUAAUACUAUUAAUUUCACCACAAAUCGAUGAUAAUCGUCGGAUGACUGUCGGUUUAUUUAUUUGGUAUAUAGCCCGGGGUAUACACAUGCUUUCAAGUGCAUUUCAAGUACGAGAUGGCUAUCCAAAAUUUAUCGUUGGUGAUGUGAUGAUGAAAUCCAAUCCAGUAAGCUGGGCUUUAUACGUCGGAUAUUUUUACACCGUCCCAGUCUUCGAAAUAGCAACAAUUCUUGAUUGGACCUUUACAUCAACAACAUUAACUCUAUUGGAUUUUUAUAUCUUGAAAACAAUUAAUUAUUAUUUAUAUUUCAUCAAGGGCAUGCGAAAGCUGGAAGCGUUCUACCCAAGAAAACGUGCGGAAUUGACUUCAGUUCCAGUUAAAAUAUUUUUGGGUGGAGGAAUACUCUUUGUGGUAUUUGUCAUUCUUGUCAUGUUAAUUCUAUUCAUAUCUGAAAAUAUGUUUGUUGGAAUUUUCCUUCCGGUCCAAAUGGUGUUCACACUGCGGAUCGACAAACAACCGAUAUUAUAUGAGUGUCAUUUGGAAGAUUUACCACUGAUUAGCGAUCGAGAGUACAAUUAUUUAAUCAAAUACUUCGCAUUUGAUAUAUAUGCGCAAAAUUUUAUCAAAUCACUCGGUGCAGAAACUAUUGUUAAAGCUACAUUAUCCUGUCGAGGUAUGAUUCAUUAUGCUCAUCCAGAUUGGAAAGGCCAAUUGAUACAACUGGCAAACGAGUCUAUAAAUGGAUUGAAAUUGAAAUCACGGAUUUAUCUGCGAAGAAUGCGUAUUCAGGAACAGACGGAUAAUUUACUGAAAAAGACGGAUACAACACCACUGGAAACUGCGCGUGAGUGGGAAAUGGAAAUGGAACAACAAGAGCUGGAGCAUCUUUCAAAUGUGCUCAAAUCGGCAAACUGUUCAGACACUUUCGAAAUGGACAUUUCUGAAAUAGUUCGACCACUGAUUACUGUACCUAAUGGUGAUCUAAUGUAUGAAAAUCCAACUAUCGCUGACGAACAAUUCAGUCACCGUUUCACUUAUUUCAAUUAUUCAUUUAAAUACAUGACAAGAUUAGUGUUAAAACCAGACUGCACGGAAGGUUCGGCAUCGCAUGUUGUCAUGCUGGAACAGUAUGGUGUUAGCCAUGAUGGAUCGACGAUUGGCACAAUGGAAGAACCACGAUUUUUUUUUUUUGUCUCUAAAGUUUCUUCGAGUUAUCUACGACUUUUGAAUAUUUCCACUCCGUCACUGGUAAUGACAUUUGCAAUGGUGUAUUUACUUAGCUUCAAACUGCGCGAUAUAUUGAUGACAAAACCAUUCGAACUUACAUUCCGAGAACUAGGUGAUCCAAGUCGUUUGAUACGACUUUGCACCAGUAUAAGCAUAGAACCAAUGAAGCGCACUUUUCGAGAAAAGUCUGCAAGAAAUUCCUGUUCAAAUUGUCAAAUUAUGCAAUUUAAAAUACAAAUUCUUAACGCCAAACUCGAUGAACUGCAAGUGAAACACAAAGGAUGUACUAACAGUCAUAUUUCUAACAAUUCUAAAAUAACGGUCGGGAAUGCAAAGAAGAGUAUUAAGAUGUUUGCUCGUACCACAGAUGUAAUUAAUUGGAAGGCUCAAUGUCGAAAUCUCAAAAAAGAAUUCAAACAGCUCAGGGAAGAUGCGCUCAGUCAGGAAAGCACUUUUCAGUCAGAAAUCGAACAGUAUCAAAAUGAAAAAGAUAAGUUGAGGGAACAGCUAUAUGACGUUGAACACAAAAUAAUCGAUCUGAACGCGGCACUGCAGAAAAAUUGCAACGAAGGUGUAGAACUGCUGGCAGUGAAGCAGAAUGUAGAAAAAAGAUUCAAGGAAAAACUUGAGAAACAAAAGACAGAAGUGGAGAAUGCCACAAAAGAAAGAAUGGAGAAGAUAGAGCGACAAUGUCAUUUGACAGCUUUGGAAAUCGUUCAAUAUGAACUUAUGCUCAAAAAGGCUCACGAAGAAAACAUGGAACUUUACUAUCGCUUUUACAAAACUGAUAAUUCUCUCCAAAGCGUGAAAUUUUCUGCAGCGGAACCAGCGAAUUUCCAACGCCAAUUAAAGGAGAAGUUAGGUACACUUGUGAAGAAAUUUAGAAAUGAAGCAAGCAAUUCGAAGAAGAAGAUGAUGAUGUACGUCUUGAAUAAUUUUGAGGCUGCAGUGAAAGUCAUCUUAAGUGAUCAGCCUCAUUUCUGUUACUUGAUCAAGUCAGGCAUAACCUUGGCUUUUGCAGGAAAUGAAGAAAUAAAUGAAGGGUCGAAAAUAACAAUCGCACACAGCAGUAGGAAGAAAUCUGGUAGGAAAGAAAAGAAGAAAACUUUGACGGACUGCAAAGAAUUGACUUCAAAAAUCCAUUCUCUACUGGAGUUCUACCAGAAACGAACGGAAAAACUGACUAACAGUGUUUGGCAUAUUACUAAUUGCAUGGGAAGGAUGGAACAGAUAAUGAAACGUGUGGGUGAUUCGAAUAAUAUUCUUACUAUGGACGAAUGUACGCAUAGUAUUUCCCGAAAUAUGCAAGAACUAGAAGAUAUGAAAAGUAAAUUUGAAAUACUACAUAAAGGAACCAGUGAGAUGUGUCAGAAAAUAAGGUCAGAGAUUUGCAACGGCAAGGAAUUAGAGAAAUUGAUGGUAGAAGGAAAUAGAUUAGUAGAGAUUUGCAAGAGAAUUGCUUACAAACAACAGGAACUGAAAGUGAAGCAAGUUAACGCAGAACUAAAAUAUGGUCAACUACACAGACAAAUCCUCGCUGGUUCAAAAAUGCUUCGCUCUUAA